AUAGGAAAAACCGCCAUCACAAAAAAUCGGAUUUAAACCGGACAGGAACCAGUCGGUCGAACCGAACCGGUACCUGACCAGUUUUUGAAGAAAAGCUUUGGCACCGUUUUACGCCAAUCAGGGGAAAAAAAAACAAAAAAGCCCUAACUCCCAGUCCCCAGUUCCCAGUUCCCUGGCCUCUCUCUCAACUCUAGAAGACCUCCAUCUCUGAAGGCAGCAGAGGAAGUUGCAACUUCCAUCUUGUCGCCGUUCUUCAACCUGUCCAGCCACCGAUGCCGUCCGUGUCGCUCCAACUCGUCGCAACGCCUCUAUUCCGCCUAUUUUGACGAGCUUCCCCUCUGUUUCGCCGUGCUUCCGCCGCCGUUACGCCGUGCUCCCGCCGCCGUGCAGCCUCUGUUCCGCCGUGCUCCAACCCUCGUCUUCUAGCCUCUGUUCAGCCUCCGUUCCGCCGCUGUUUAGCCAUCUCCGUUGAGUUAUAAAGCUCCAGCUCCCUCUCCCUCCUCUGUUGAUGUUCAGAACGUGUGAAAGUCUCAGAUGGAUUGUACAGCCUCCCAUCCCAGGGAUUACAUCACAAACUCGAACGCUGUAUUUGGUCUUUCUCUAUAAACAGCAAAAACAUCCCAGUGGCAGAAUGAGCAAGAAGGCGACAGCAGCACCUGAUCCGGUGGCGGUGCUACGGGGCCACCGUGCUUCCGUGACGGACAUUUGUUUUCAUCCCUCUGAUCGCAUUCUCUUCUCUGGUUCUGUUGACGGUGAAGUUCGCAUUUGGGAUACCCUUCAGCAUCGAACUCUCUCUUCUUCUUGGAUACACAGUGCUGCCCACGGGAUUGUUGCUGUCACCACUAGUGCUUCCCUUGGAACCAAUAAACUCGUUAGCCAGGGUAGGGAUGGAACUGUUAAAGUUUGGGACUUUGCUCAUGCUGCUUUGUCUAGGAGUCCACUGCUUACCAUCAAUACCAACACUUAUCACUUUUGCAAGCUUUCCACUGUCAAGUAUCCUAAAUGACGAUAGAAGUUCUUCUCAAAGCUCUGAAGAAAAUAUGUAUGCUGACGGGCUACAGUAUGUGGCUUUAGCAGGGGAGAACCCUUCUGAGGUCGAAAUUUGGGAUCUCAAAUCAGCUGAAAGAUUUGUACGACUCCCUUCAAGCAACCCUAGUAGCUCUUCAGUUUGCAACAAAGAUAGAGGGAUGUGCAUGGCACUUCAAUUGUUUUUACCAUCUGAAUCACAGGGAUCUCUAAAUGUCUUGGCCGGUUAUGAGGAUGGUUCCAUGCUUUGGUGGGAUGUACGAAAUCCUGGAGUUCCAGUAACCGCUGUAAAGCUCCAUUCUGAACCAGUUUUGAGCAUCUGUAUUGAUGGGUCAUGCAGUGGGGGCAUCUCAGGAGCUGCAGAUGACAAGAUUGUAAUGUAUAGCUUGGACCACUCUUCGGGUAUAUGUGUAAUCAAGAAAGAAAUCAAUUUGGAGCGACCUGGCAUAUCAGGCACUUCAAUUCGUCCUGAUGAAAAAAUUGCUGCAACUGCCGGUUGGGACCACAGAGUAAGGAUAUAUAAUUACCGCAAAGGAAAUGCUUUAGCAAUACUAAAGUAUCACCAUGCAACGUGCAAUGCUGUAACUUACUCAUAUGAUUGUAAGCUUAUGGCCUCUGCCUCCGAAGACACAACGGUGGGGCUUUGGGAAUUAUAUCCUCCUCGAACAUGAAAUAAUUUUUAUGAAUCUAUUCGAUGCCUGUAAUUAUAUCAUGUGAAUGAAUGAGUGAUGCUAUCUUAGUAAUUUCAUUACUAUUCUCCACUUAUUUAUGUUGAUAACGUGGACAAUAAAAAUCAAUUAUUAAUUUAAUCCCUAUGUAUUUAUGUAUA